UCGUGGCAGCGAGCAAGAGAAGCGACGGGACUGCUGUUUAUGAAGCAAGACCGGCUCCCCAAGAAUCAUGACACAUGCAACUGCAAGAUAACAGCCGCCAUUGAGAUAUGCAACAUCCGGGAGUAUGCAUUGGGUAGCUCAUGGAUAAAAUCAAAAGGGAGAGAAGAGACCGGAAUGCCCCAAAAGGAAGUCCCGAACUCCGCAAGUCCCCCGCGCUUUCCCCAUUCCAGAGUCUGGUGGAAGAGCAGUUCUCGGUCUUGUCGCCGUGCUUGUACGAGUACACAGCGAAACCCCUCAGCCAACCGCCGUCAACCAAUAGCACAGGGAACGUGGUCGCAUUCGUACAAAUACCGAGAGUCCUCCCUCGGAACUCAAAAUGUCACCCUCAUCACCAUCCAAGAAGCGCAUCCAGAUCUCGUCAUCCUUUACCAGUGACGCAGAACACUUCCACGAAGAGAUACACGACAAGAAGACGGGCGAGACAAAGACAAUCACCCACGACACUCCGCACGAAUCCACUCAUACUACCACCUAUACCACGAAUCCCUACACCGUCGAGACCAACGGUUCCGAGCAAAAGACAAAGCAAGGAGACUCGAUUACUCUCGACACGGAACCUUCUCACUGUCCAGCUACCGUCGGCUACGAUACCAGUCAACUGUGAUCCAGAAACAUACUAGACUCCAGAAAGAAGACACAAUGUCCUCCAAUAAGCCGCUUACUAUCGCCAUUGGUUGCGACGACGCCGGUUGUGGCUACAAGAACAAGAUCAAGGAA